CGCGGCGGGCGCUGCCCACCCCACGGAGCCGAGCGGCGUGCAGAGGCUACAAGUGCAGCGGCUGGUGAUUGGGGGACUUUCUCCGGGAGCCGUGCGGAGAGAGCGCGCGGUGCUCGAGCCGCACCGGGUGGCCGAAGCAGAAGACUUUCCGGAAGCUGCUGGGGGAUGUCUGACUAGCUCUCAUGGAGCUCCACUACCUUGCUAAGAAGAGCAACCAGGCAGACCUCUGGGAUGCCAGGGACUGGAGUUCAAGAGGGCUGCCUGGUGACCAGGCAGAUACAGCAGCCACGAGAGCUGCUCUCUGCUGUCAGAGACAGUAUGCAUCAACCCCAAGAGCAACUGAGAUGCAAGGGUCUAAACUUAGUUCUUCUCCAGCAUCCGCCUCCUCCUCUCUGCAAAACAGUACUCUUCAGCCAGACACCUUUCCACCAGGACCUCUCCACUCAGGGAACAACCAAAUAACAGCGGAAAGGAAAGUCUGUAACUGCUGCAGCCAGGAAUUAGAAACUUCUUUUACCUAUGUGGACAAAAACAUCAACUUGGAGCAGCAGAACCGGAGCUCGCCAUCAGCAAAAGGGCAUAAUCACCCUGGGGAGCUUGGCUGGGAAAAUCCAAAUGAGUGGCCCCAAGAGGCUGCCAUAUCUUUGAUAUCUGAAGAGGAGGACGAUGCAAGUUCAGAAGCCACGUCUUCAGGGAAAUCUAUAGACUAUGGUUUCAUCAGCGCCAUCUUGUUCUUGGUCACCGGGAUCCUGCUGGUGAUUAUCUCUUACAUCGUCCCACGGGAAGUGACUGUGGACCCCAACACUGUGGCAGCCCGGGAGAUGGAGCGUCUGGAGAAGGAGAGUGCGAGGCUGGGGGCUCACCUGGACCGCUGUGUGAUUGCGGGGCUCUGCCUCCUCACGCUGGGGGGUGUCGUCCUGUCCUGCUUGCUAAUGAUGUCCAUGUGGAAGGGGGAGCUCUAUCGUCGAAAUAGAUUUGCCUCUUCCAAAGAGUCUGCAAAACUCUAUGGUUCUUUCAACUUCAGGAUGAAAACCAGCACGAAUGAAAACACUCUGGAACUGUCCUUGGUAGAGGAAGAUGCGCUCGCUGUACAGAGUUAAUUCUGGUUGUGAAUAUCUUGAGAGUCUGCCUUGGCACUUUAUAAUAUGAAAAGAGAAGUUAAUUUAUAAAAAUUCACAGUGCAAUUUAUUUGCCUGGCAAGAAAAGUUUAUUUCAGAAACCAACAGCCAGUGAGUGUUUUUGUUCUCCAUGUGUUUUCUAUUUAUAAGAAAAGCCAUGUAAGAUGUAUAAGAAACCACAACCAGCCACACCUGUCCUUCUGAAGAGCUGAAGGCUAAUUAAUCGGUAAUGGCCAAGAACUUCUACUUCGAUAGAAAAAUAUUUCUAAUUACCCAGUAUACAAAUUAUUUCUUUUACUCAGAUAUGUGAUGUUAUUCUUUGGACACUAGGUGGUCCUACACACAGUAGGAUCAAUUGCUAAUCUAUUUUGUGAAAAAGAACUAAGCACUAAUCAAUAAUAAGGCUUACAUUUUAUUCUCAAAGGUGCUUAUCCAUUUUCUUGCUAAAUUAUCGUUCUUGUAAUUUGGCUAAACACUAAAAUAUGGAACUUUUAGUUUGAAUAUUUUGAAGUUUGAGGAUGUUGGGCUUUUCUUAUUGUAAAAAAUGUUAUGUUUGAAAUUAUUCCUGUAUUCAAAAAUGGUAAUUAAGUCAUUGGGAUAAACUUUCUAAUAAAAGAAAAUUAUGUAAA